AUCCACAAGGCUCACAAUCCCCAGAGGCAAGAGAAGACUGUAGGAAGGUUAUUCAUAUUGCAAAUCGCACUGUCUCCGCAGGACCUGCAGGGCUCUAGGAAGACAGAACUCCUUCCUUCUACCUCCCUAACACUACUUCAGGGUGAUUAAGGCAGCAGACGCACUCUGGAUGGAUUUCAUUGCUGGGGCCAUUGGAGGUGGCCUAAGCACAGCCGUGGGUUAUCCGCUGGACACAGUGAAGGUGAGAAUUCAGACUGAGAAGCAUUACAAAGGGUUUUGGCACUGUGUUCAAGAAACAUACAGGACAGAAAAAAUUUGGGGAUUUUACAAAGGUGUGUCUGCAUCAGUCCUUGCCGUAUCAGCAAUUUCUUCUGUUUCCUUUGGCACAUACAAGAACUUCCUCUGUACAAUCUGCAAGCUGCGAUACGGGGCUGCAGAUGCAAAGCCAUCCAAGCUGGAUGUUUCCCUUGCUGGAGCUGUUGCCGGUGCUGUCCGGGUUGUGUUGACAAACCCCAGUGAAGUGGCUAAAGUUCGGAUGCAGACUCAGAGAAACCCACACCCUUCUGUCACAUCUCAGCCUGCUUCCAAACCAAAGUACCAAGGGUCUCUGCACUGUCUGAAGGUGAUCACCAAGGAGGAAGGUUUUGGGGGUCUCUACAAGGGCUGCUCUGCAUUACUCUGCAGGGAUUGCUCUGCUUCUGCAGUAUAUUUCCUUUCCUAUUCUGCUCUGUGUGACUGGCUCACACCAGCUGGGAAAAAUAAACCAGGUUUCCUCGUUGUGCUGCUUUCUGGGGGCUUUGCUGGAGUCCUGGCCUGGGGAUUAGCUACUCCCAUGGAUGUCAUCAAAUCACGGAUGCAAAUAGAUGAAUCGGACCAGCACAAAUACAAAGGCCUGAUCCACUGUGUUAGGGAAAGUGUGAGAAAGGAGGGUGCAAAAGUGCUUUUCAAAGGACUGGGUUUAAACUGCAUUCGUGCCUUUCCUGUGAACAUGGUAGUGUUUGUAACUUAUGAAGCUGUACUGAGAUUUACAGAUCAUUAUAUAAGCAAAAAAUAGCUCGUUCUAUUCUUUUCAGAGGUGUAUCUUGUUUGUUAUUCUUUUUUGUAAUACAACAUCCACAAUCAACUGCUGAAUUGAUGGACAGCAUAAGAAGCAAGGACAUUUCAGCACAAAGCUGAUGACUGAUGGCUUUGUUUCAUUCCAAUAGGAUUACAAACUCAUCAGGGAGUCUUGGAUUCAUAUACAACCUCCCUUUUAUCUCGUUAAAAAGUAUUUAGACUGUAGCUGCUGCUUUGGCCCUUGAAAGAUUUGGGAAUAUUUAUGUUCUAAAAAGCUGCCUGUCUGAUCAGAGGUUUUGGUAAAGUACUUAAUUUUGUUUUCUACUGCCCCAGAAAACAAUCCUCACGACCAAAGCAAGAGCUGGGGGGAGUUUGUGUAAGAUUUAACACUAUCCAGCCUGCGCUCUUUACAUGUAAUGCCUGCGCUGCAUUCACUGAGUGACUUACAUAUUUGUGCUUCAGGCUGUAACUUCUCUUUCCCAGCUGUAAUUUUCCCAGAGUACUCUACAGUUAUAUCCCCUUGGCAGCAGCUGAAAUAUGAAUGUCCUUGCUUUUCCCUGUUGCUAUUUAAUGAGUGGCAGGCAUGGUCUGUUUACAUAACCAGCUAAUGGCCUCACUGCAGUGACGCCAGGCACGGGUUCCUGGCAGCCACGUGAUUUUCUCCCAGAGCUCUACGCAGCAUCAGGCCUCUCACGGAGGCCUAUGGAACAGCAUCUCUCUGAGCUUGGCACAGCUUUGGAGGCAAUCUGUUCUCAUCCUGUAGGGAGGGUGGGAAUAGAUGCAAAGCCUCUUUGCUUUCUCAAAGGAAAGGCUGCUGUAAAAUCCGCGCACUAGCGGGGUUA